AUGGCGACCCUGGCGGAGAAGCUUGAGAAGAUCAAGUCUCCCAAGCUGCAGAACCAGCACCAUACUGCUGUGGUGCUCUCUGCAGUUGAGGAUACUCUCCGUGACCAAAAGGCAGACUUUUCGCCUACUGCUUAUUUUGCGGCCCUCCUUGCGCUGCUCUCUCAGUCUUUGUCGGCAUCCCAAGGCAUCGUCAACAAAGAUCUAGCUACAUCCGUCGUCUACCUUCUUGAUAUCACAACCGCUUACGUCCCCGCCCCGAUUCUCUGCGCCAAAUUCUCCCAGAUCCUCGAAAGUCUUGCUCCCGCGCUCUCUCUGCCGGAGGUCGAAGCCCCACUUCUGCGCCCCUCGAUCGGCUGCCUCGAGUCUCUGCUCAUCGCCCAGGAUGCCGCUUCAUGGAACCUUCCGCACACACAGGUCGGUCCGCGCCGCGCGAUGGCCGGUCUGCUGAGUCUUUCGGUCGACCACCGCCCCAAGGUGCGCAAGCGCGCCCAGGAGGCACUCGUCACGGUCCUGAAGGCUCCUCCCCCGAGCCCGUCUCUCGACCACCCCGGUGCCGACAUGUGUGCCCAAUCCGCGAUGAAGACUCUCGGUGAUAGCAUCUCGGCCGCUCACAAGCAAAAGAAGGGUCGCCACGACUCUCAGGCUAACAACCAGGAGCCUUUGAUCAUCCACUCGUUGCAGUUGGUCAAGACCAUUGCUUCUGCAUCUGGUGGCUGGCCCAGCAAGAAGAUCGAGCCUCUCAGCGAGCUUCUGAUGAACGCAUCCAAGUCUAGCAACGAGUACAUUACCAUGGGUGCUUUCGAGGUGUUUGAGGUUAUCUUUGAAGGAAUGGCGGACGAGUUCUCCUCUUCAAAGCUGCCACGUCUGUUAGACGCAAUUUCCGAGCUCAAGCCAGCACAGAAUGACUCUCAACUCCUUCCUCCUUGGAUCGCGGUUCUGUCGCGCGGCUACGACGUUGCUGCUCAGAUCACCCCCGAGGACACUUUCGAGAAGCUGCCGGAUCUCUUCACUCUGAUUUCUGGAUUCAUGGCUUCUCCUUCUAGCAACAUUCGUGUCUCCGCCUCCGAAUGUCUGAUCUCUUUCCUGCACAACUGUAUUCCCAACAGUGUCAUUGUUGAGCCUUCUGUCUACGACGAGAAGACCCUGGAGAAGCUGGCCAAGUCUGCCGUUGAGCUUCUCUCUGUCAAGUACCAGGCUGCCUGGAGAGAGGUGUUCAACGUGUGCUCGGCCAUGUUCGAUUGCUUCAAGUGGCGCUCAAGCCCCUACCUUGUCAAGAUCGUCAGCACGGUUGGCGAGCUCCGCAGCAAUGGUGGCUUUGCUGGUAAGAAGGAAGCUGACGCUGUUCUUGGCAGCGCCAUCGAGGCAAUGGGCCCCGAAGCUGUUUUGGAAAUUCUCCCUCUCAACAUCGUUGACCAGAAGGCUGGUCAACAGGGUCGCGUUUGGAUGCUCCCUAUCAUGCGCGACAGCGUGACUAACACCAACCUCCGCCACUUCCGCACUGAGCUCGUUCCCCUGAGCGAGGCUCUCUACCAGAAGGUUGUUAACUUUGGUGCUGCUGAGAAGUCUGUCGAAGUCAAGAUCUUCGAGACUCUCGUUCAACAGACUUGGGGCACUCUUCCCGGAUACUGCGAGCUGCCACUUGACCUGGAGGAGGCAUUCGACCAGAGCUUCGCCGAGCUGCUUUCUAAUGUCCUUUACAAGCAGACUGAGCUGCGUGUUGAUGUCUGCCGUGCUCUGCAGAACUUGGUUGAGUCAAACCAGGCCAUUCUAUCCGUUGAGAGCGAAGAGGAGGAUCUUAUCCUGCAACGACGCAUCACCAAGGCUGCUGCUCAGAAGAACAUCACUCACCUCGGUGGUCUUGCAAGCAACUUGCUGGCUGUGUUGUUCAACGUCUACAGCCAGACUCUUCCCCACUACCGUGGCUACAUUCUGCAGUGUAUCAACGCGUACUUGAGCAUCACUCCUGAGAAUGAGCUCAACGAUACCUUCAACCGUGUCACAUCCAUGCUCGAGUCUUCCUUGACCACCGAGCAAGAGCAGGGUGCUCAACCCCAGGGCUCAUCCGACAAGAUGCCCCCUACCUCCCACACCCUGAUUGACCUUGUCAUCGCCAUGUCCAUCUACCUCCCCCGCUCCAGUUUCAGUGGCCUCUUCUCCAUGGCCGCAGCCAUUCUCAACAGCUCCUCCUCCAACCCGGAUCAGCAACUCAUCAAGAAGGCCUACAAGCUGAUUCCUCGCCUCGGAUCAACCGAGACUGGCCGCGCUGCUCUCGAAGAGCGCAGCGGGGAGUUGCAAGCCCUCAUGCUCGCCACUACCGACAGCACUCCUGCCUCUGGCCGUCGUGACCGUAUGCUCGCCAUCACGGAAAUGAUCAACCACCUGCCCACCUCAGACCUGCACUUCAUCCCGGCCAUCCUGUCCGAAGUCGUGCUGGGCUGCAAGGAGAGCAACGAGAAGGCCCGCACUGCGGCCUUUGACCUGCUGAUCCUCCUGGCUAAGCGCACAAUCGACUCCGAGCGUAACCCGCCCGGAACUGUCAUUCGUCGAUCCCUCGUCCCCGGCGUGCCAGAUGACAUGCCCGAUGCCCCCGCCACCCUCGAAGAGUUCUUCACCAUGCUUUCGGCCGGUCUUGCAGGCUCGGCUCCUCACAUGGUCGCCGCCUCCGUCACAGCGCUGUCCCGACUGUUCUUCGACUUCCAGAACCAGCUUCAGCCUGAGAUGCUCAGCGAGCUCGUUGAGACAGUCGAGCUCUUCCUCACCUCCAGCAACCGCGAGAUCGUCCGCUCCGUCCUUGGCUUCGUCAAGGUCGCCGUUGUCGUUCUUCCCGAUGAGGCUCUGCGUCCUCGUCUCGCCACCCUCGUUCCCAACCUCAUGGCUUGGAACAAGGAGCACAAGGGCCGUCUCCGCAGCAAGGUCAAGGGUAUCAUUGACCGACUUGUGCGCCGCUUCGGUGCUCCCCUCCUGGAAGCCAUUGUCGGCGAAGAGGACCGCAAGCUCGUCGUCAAUAUCCGCAAAGCACGUGAGCGCAGCAAGCGUAAGAAGAAGGAAGGUGCCGAGGAUGACGACGAAGAGGGCGAGGAGAAGGCUUCCAAGCCUCAAUCCGGUAACGCCUUCGACAAGGCCGUCUACGGCUCCGACUCCGACUCCUCAGAUGGCUCCGACGACGGCGACAGCGAUGUCGAAGUCGACCAGCAGGCCCGUAUCAAGGGUCGCGCAGGCAAGAAGGGCCAAAGCACCCAGUACAUUCGCGAAAUGUCUCCCGAAGACAACCCGCUUGAUCUUCUUGGAUCGAAUGCUCUGGCCAGCAUCUCCACCACGAAGCCCAGCCAGCGAUUCCUCAACACGGGACCUGGGUCCAAGAAGAAGCGCAACGCCAAGUUCGACGCUGACGGCCGUCUUGUCCUCGGUGAGGAUGGAGAUGUUGUUGCCGACGAUGUUGAGAUGAGCGGUGCUGGCGAUGGCGGUGUCAACGCCUACCUCGCUGCCGUGGCUGGACCUGAUGCUGUCCGCCGUGGCCAGCGCGGUAAGGUGAAGAUGGGCCAGUCUGGCAAGAAGAACGCUGACAGCAUGGAUGUCGAUGACGAGGACCUGAAGCAGGACCUGCGCGCUUCUGGUGGCGGUCAGAGCUCUGCUCGUCGUGGUCUUGGUGCGCCCAAGGCUACUGGCGCUGGUGGCGGUAGUCGCAUUGAGAAGCGUCGCAACCCCGCUAAGGCCCCGAGGGGUAACAACCGCUCGGGCUGGGGUAAGAAGAGGUAA